UUACUGGCACAGAAGGAGCCAAAAUGAAUGUAACAGACAGCAACAUACUAGAUACAACAAAUGACUAUAUCUAUUCAGAGUCAACUGAAACUUUUGAGAAUUCCAGAACUUUUACUUUUCACUUUCUGCCUGUACUUUAUUGCUUGGCAUUUACCUUUGGACUGGUGGGAAAUAUUUUGGUCAUCUUCGUACUGGUAUAUUGUAAGAAAUUACGAACAACCACUGAUGUUUAUCUCUUUAACAUGGCAGUCUCAGACCUAUUGUUUGUUGUCUCACUUCCAUUUAUUGCCUACACAAUCAUAAAUGAAUGGAUAUUUGGAAAUAUAAUGUGUAAAAUAUUAUCUACCAUAUAUUUUGUUGGUUUUUUUAGCAGUAUAUUCUUUAUAACGGUUAUGAGUGUAGACCGCUAUUUUGCAAUUGUCCAUGUUGUGUUUGCACUUAGAGUUAGAAAUGUCAGAUGGGGCCUUAUUGUUAGUAUCGUGGUUUGGGUUCUGGCACUUUCCAUUUCUACUCCUAAUUUUAAAUUUCAUGAAAUUGUGAUGACAGGUAAUUAUACAGAGUGUGUCCUCUCUUACCCAGAAAUCAACAGGCAGAAUUGGAAAAUUUUCUGCAGUCUUCUAAUCAACAUUUUUGGUUUAGUUAUCCCACUUUUCAUAUUGUUAUUUAGUUAUUUACACAUCAUUAAAACAUUACAGAACAGUAAAUGCAAGCAGAAAAGAUGUGCAAUUAGGUUGAUUCUUAUUGUUGGCAUUGUAUUUUUUAUUUUUUGGACCCCUUAUAAUAUAGUUGUUUUUUUAAACAUCUUAAAAACCUCUGGCGCAGUGGAUCUUGAGACUGACCAGCUGCAAACUGCUGCAGAUGUAACACACACUUUAUCUUUGGUCCACUGCUGUUUGAAUCCUAUAAUUUAUACAUUUGCUGGAGAAAAAUUCCGGGGAUAUCUGCGCUUAAUAAUUAACCGGCCUCUGAAUUUUGUACACUCAAGCAGGAUAGUGGGAUCAUAUAAAACUUCAGUGAGUGAUUAUGCAUCUUCUACCUCAAGAAUAAGUAAAGGUUCAUUUUCAUCAGAAUCCAUUCUGUAAUUUAGUCUCCUGCUUAAAAUUAACGUGCACCUAAAGCAUCCAGUGACUGAAUACAUUGUUGAAUGUGUUCAAGGACAUGGGAGAUGACACAUUGGCUUAGUUGAGACAUUUUCUACAGCACAGCCAAAAACUCUACAAAAAGGGCUCUAGAUUGUCUAAUUAUGAAAGUUUCUGACAAUUACACUGAAAAAUAAACCAAAAUCAGACAUUUCAGUGGAAUUAGAAAAGUCCAUGGAAGUGAACAGGAAGCUUACACAGAAACCAGUGUGGUUACAAAAAUUGCAUAAGAAUGUACAGAUCAUAUACAGUUUUACUGAUCACAUCAGUUUCUAUGCAGCUUUCUUACACAUGGUUUUGUAGCUGCUUCUUACCUUAAUAAACAAGUCAGCAUUUAAAUGUUUUUGUAUAAAUAUUAACCCUUUGUGUUUAAAGCCAAACAUAAAUACUGUUUAUUUGAUAUGUCUGUUAAACUUCACAGAAGUUUAUUUUCAUCCAAUAAAAUGAAAUGUAUAUCUUUUUAUAAAUGUUUUGUACUAGCAAAAUAUGUUUGCUAUUAACUUCAAGUUAGUUACAUUUCUUUUGAUUUUCUACAAUAUUAUUAAUGUUUUCUUGGUGUCGUCUUUUGUAUACUGCUGUAUAUUACUCCUCCUGCUUAAGUCAUCAGGAAUCAGUAAAACAGUAAAGAAUUUUAUGCACUGUUGUAUUCUAAAAAUGUGCUUGUCAUUAUGCAGUAUAUGCAACUUAUAU